UCUUCAAGAUUAAUUUGUAAAUCUCUUAUUGUUGUUUUGCAAACGUGAUAGAAUCAUUAUAUAUAUAUAGGAAGGCGAACCUCUCUUCACUAUAACAAGGCGCAUAAGCAUCAAACAUGGCCUCUGUGCACGUCAAAGAAUUGAAUGUUAUCAUCCCAAAUGAGCCAACCCCAACUCGUGUUUUGCCUCUUUCAGCCAUGGAUUCUCAGCUUUUCUUACGUUUUACUAUAGAGUAUCUCUUUCUCUACAAAGCUAGCCCUGGUUUGGACCCGGGUGCCACAACAGCUCGUAUCAAGAACGCACUGGCUAAAGCUUUGGUUCCGUAUUAUCCUCUAGCCGGUCGAGUCAGGGCUAAACCGGAUGGCUCGAGCCUUGAAGUCGUGUGUCGAGCUCAAGGUGCCUUAUUCAUUGAAGCGUUUUCUGAUUAUACGAUCAACGAUUUUGAUAAGGCGCCCAAAUAUGUAACUCAAUGGAGGAAACUCUUGUACUACGUGGCAGACGUACUCAAGGGGGCACCGCCUCUGGUGAUGCAACUCACGUGGCAAAAAGAUGGCUCCGCCGCUCUUGGUGUUGGGAUUAAUCAUUGCGUUUGCGACGGAAUAGGCAGUGCUGAGUUUCUCAACUUGUUCGGUGAGUUAUCCACGAGUCAACGACCGUGCCAACUCUCUGAUUAUAAACCAAAACCCAUCUGGGAUCGCCACCUUCUGAACCCAUUGCCAAAAAAACUACUUAACUCGGUGAGUCACCCUGAGUUCAACAGAGUUCCUGACCUUUGUGGUUUUCUUUCUCGCUUCUCAAGUGAGCGACUUACUCCUACUUCAAUCACCUUCGAUAAAAGAUGCAUAAGCGAGUUGAAGAAACUCGCUUUCUCAUCGUCUCGACCCAGGGAGUUAGCUUACACGUCGUUCGAAGUUUUGUCAGCUCAUGUAUGGAGAAGCUGGGCCAGAGCAUUAAACUUACCGUCAAACCAAAUAUUGAAGCUACUGUUUAGUAUCAAUGUACGUAACCGAGUUAAUCCGAGUCUACCCAGUGGUUACUACGGUAACGCAUUUGUCCUUGGUUGUGCCCAAACGAGCGUCAAAGAUUUGACGGAGAAGGGUCUAGGUUACGCAUCGAUGUUAAUAAAAAAAGCCAAGGACAGAGUUGACAACGAGUUUGUGCAAUCAGUUGUGAACUCAGUGAGUGGGGCAAGAGCUUGUCCAGACUCAGUCGGAGUGUUGAUCUUGUCACAAUGGUCAAGGUUAGGUUUAGAGAGGGUUGACUUCGGUAUGGGCAAGCCAAUUCAUGUGGGACCCGUUUGUUGUGAUAGGUAUUGUUUGUUUUUGCCAGUUUUUAAUCAGACGGAUGCUGUUAAGGUGAUGGUGGCUGUCCCUGCAAGUGGAGUAGACAAGUAUGAGCAUCUGGUCAGGAGUCUAUGCUGGUGAGAACGAGUAGAUCAUGGCCCAACCGUUGACCUGUAUUUAAUGAAUUUGACUAUUAUUUUAUUUUUCUUUUCGAGAAUCAGAAAGUUAAUAGUUGUAAAGCUUUUUUUGUGUCAUUCUCUUAGGGGGAAUGACAAAUUUUGUGGCUUCUUUCAAGGCACGUGGAAUCCAAUGAAGUGACUGUUUCAUGUUUA